CAAUCAAAUCCUUUUCCUCCAUAAUCAUCCCUCAUCCAAUUGGCAGAGAAGAAAAGCCGAGACGAAGAAGACCGGGACGGAGACGAGGGGCCGGAGAAUCGGUGGAGCAAGCAAUUCGAGGCCAGUAAACCGAUGGAUUUUUGGAACAGAGCCCGGAGCUUCGCCGAGGAGGCGGCGAAACGGUCCCAGGAGCUGACCAUGGAAGCCGCGAAGAAGUCCCAGGAGCUGACCGCGGAGGCCGCCCGGAGAUCCCAGGAGUUUUCCAUCGGAUCCUCGAAGCUCGCCGACAUAGUGUCGGAGACGGCGAAGCGGUCCAAGGAGAUAGCCGUGGAGGCCUCGAAGCGGGCCGACCAGAUCAAGCUGGAAGCUAUUAAGAGGGCCGAUCAGAUCAAGUCCUUGGCCGAGUCUUCCGGCGCUCUCUCCGUCACGGAAUCCAUCGAACGGACGCAGAAGGAGAGCGAUGCGUAUCUGGAGAGGUUUGGGGUCACUGAUGAGUUGAGAGAGUUCGUUAAGGAGAUUAACAUCACUACAUUUCAGGAUUUUCCGAUGCCAGAUGACUCAGAUAUGUCCAACGUUCCGACCGUCUCAAAUGUAAGGCAGGAUCUUACUGAAUUUCAGGAGAAGCACGCGAAACUCGUUCUGUCAUCUGUAAAGGAAAUCUCGAAGCUCAGAUACGAAUUAUGUCCCCGUAUAAUGAAAGAAAGGAAAUUCUGGAGAAUAUAUUUCAUUCUAGUAAAUAGCCAUGUGGCACCUUAUGAGAAGCAGUACAUGGAAGAUGCUAAGCAGAAAGCUUCUGAAGAAGCAAAACAUGAAAAGAUCGAGGAAACUCCUAACGCUGGAGUAGCUUCUAAAGCUGAGGCGAAGGAACUGAAACAUCAAAAUAAAAAGUCCAGUUCAUCAGCUGAGCAAGACUUGGAUGUUUUCCUUCUAGGAGAUCUUGGAGACAGCGAUGAUGGUGGAGAUGAUGGUGAUGAUGGGUUGGAUGAUGAUUUUGACAAAAUGGUGGAUAGUUCGGAUGAUGAUAAGGAGAAAUCCUAGAAGGGUUGAAGUGCACAACGCUUGGAAAAUUUACCAUCAAAUGUCCAUGUUAAGGAUGCCCGUGAUUGGCCUACUCGAACAAGGGACUUCAGUAAAUGCUACUCAAGCCAAUACCUGCUCAUUUAUAUAUUACUCUCUCUCUCUCUCUCUCUCUCUCUCUCUCUCUGUUUUUUUUUUUUAUGAAAUUCUUUUCAUUGUAUUCAUUAGCUCUGCUUUCUUCUCUUUUUGUCACAAGAAGAUGUAGCUGAUAGGAAGAGCCUGCUAUUCUCCUGAUCUAAUGUAAAGAAUCCUUUGUAUUUUUCUCCCGACAUAAUAAUCUAGCUCAUUCUCAUCUUUUACUUGCC